UCGAACGUUUUUCCUAGUUGGCCUUGGCUAUCGGCUGGCAACGUAAACAAAUGAGCCGAGACGUCGUGUAGUUUUAACGCUGCCUUUGCCUUUCCUAACCUAAAAACGUCCGGGUUUUCGGUUGAGAACAUUUGUGUUUUGUUUUCCCGAAAUUUUGUGGCUUAUUUGGAUUAUGGUACGUUUUUGUGGUUCUUGAUAAGGAGGAUUGCUCGGUUAUUUAUAUAUAGAUGAAUUAAAUCCUUGACACCGGAUUUGGUCCAUUCUGUUUGGCCAUCACCAUCACCAGCAAAUAACAAACAAGGAAAACAGUAAAGACUGUUAGUAAUUUCACAACCACAUAACCAUUCGGCUUUUUCUAAUUCAUCCUACAAUGUACUUCCUAGUAAUGAAGAUGAGAUCCUCCCGAAAUAUUCUGCCACUGCUGUCAACAAUGAUACAAAGAACAUGCAAAUUUAGUGCCCUUCCUGAACUAACCAAAGACCGUUAUCCAAACGUUAAACGAGGCAACUACAGCCAAAUUGACACCAAGCACUUGAAUUUUUUUAAAGAUCUCUUGGGUGAGACCAGGGUGAUAACUGACGAGAACGAAUGCCUUGGAUACAAUACCGACUGGAUCAAAGCGAACAGGGGCUACAGUAGAUGCGUUCUGAAACCAAAGAGCACAGAUGAGGUGGCCGCCAUCUUGAAAUUCUGCAAUGAGAACCUUCUGGCUGUUUGCCCUCAAGGUGGCAACACUGGAUUGGUUGGUGGUUCUGUACCUGUUUUCGAUGAAAUAGUCCUGUCGACAUCAUUGAUGAACAGAAUUAUCAGUUUGGAUGAAACAUCAGGUGUUUUAACAUGUGAAGCUGGUUGUAUUUUGGAAAACCUCGAGAAAUACCUUGACGAACACCGUCUCAUCAUGCCACUUGACCUUGGGGCCAAGGGAUCAUGCCAAAUUGGAGGAAAUGUUUCCACUAAUGCUGGAGGACUCAGAUUGCUUAGGUAUGGUAACCUCCAAGGAACGGUUUUAGGUCUCGAGGCAGUCACCGCAAAUGGACAAAUCUUGGAUUGCAUGUCCACGCUGAAGAAGGACAAUACUGGAUUUCACCUGAAGCACCUGUUCAUAGGCUCUGAAGGUUCUUUGGGAUUAGUCACCAAAGUGUCCAUUCAGUGUCCGCCCAAACCGAAAGCUGUAAAUUUGGCCUUUUUGGGCCUGGAGUCAUUCGAUAAGAUUUUGAUGGUGUUCAAACGAUGCAAACACGAACUCGGGGAGAUACUCUCUUCCUGCGAGGCCAUAGAUGCGGAUUCUUUAGCCGCUACAACGGAUAACCUCAACCUAAAGUCGCCUCUAGAAAAAUUCCCUUUUUACAUGGUGAUCGAGACUCAUGGAAGCGACAAUGGUCACGAUGAGGAGAAACUGAACAGGUUUUUGAGUAGCCUGAUGGAGGAUGGGACUGUGGAAGAUGGAAUUGCAACUAAUGAACCUAGCAAGAUGAAUGCAGUAUGGCAACUCAGGGAGAGGAUCACAGAGGGACUAAUUCACGAUGGAUAUGUCUUUAAGUACGACCUGUCACUCCCUUUGGAAAAUUUCUAUUCCUUGGUCGGCAUUAUGAAGGAAAGGGUUGGGAAGGAUGCAGUUAGAGUCUCAGGCUAUGGGCAUGUUGGUGACGGUAACGUUCAUUUGAACGUGGCUGUGAAGGAAUUUUCCGCAGACGUUCUCAACAAAAUCGAACCAUUCAUUUACGAGUAUACGUCGAAGCUCAGAGGAAGCAUAAGCGCCGAGCAUGGUAUUGGCUUCAGGAAGACGAAAUACAUGCAUUACUCGAAGAGUAAGGAAGCUAUUGAUUUGAUGAAGAGCAUUAAGAAGAUGAUGGAUCCCAAGGGAAUUCUGAACCCGUAUAAAGUUCUACCACAAUGAUUUUUUUUGAGAAUGUUAUAUUAAAAUCGGUUAAAAAUGAAA